GUCGCGACUGACCCGCCCACCCCGCUCGGGCGCUUACAAAUACCCGCGAAACGGCGUGCGCAAGCAGCCGCAGGGAAAGGGAAGCGAAUCAAAGCGCGCUCGACAAGCCUUCCAAGUACAGACUACAGAGCAGAGCAGGGCAGGGAGACGGCGGGCGAUGGGGAUGAGCCUCGCCCAGGCGGUGGCGGCGCUGGUGGGCACGUGCGCGCGGCGCCUGUCGCGGGCGGCGCGCCGCCUGCGCCCGCGGGACGGGGUCGCGGCGUCCUUCUCGUCCCGCGCCAUCGUGCCGUUCCUCGGCGGCGGCGGCGGGGGCGUCAAGAAGUCGCUCUCCUCAUCAGCAUCAUCCUCCUCGUCGUCCAAGUUGAAGAGGAGGAAGGCGGCGCCGAAGGAGGAGGAGGAGGCGGGGGACGGGCUGUGGCGGAGGGAGAUCAUGAUGGGGGAGCGGUGCCAGCCGCUGGACUUCUCCGGGGUCAUCUACUACGACGCCCAAGGCCGCCGCCUCGCGCAGGCGCCGCCGCCGCGCUCGCCGCUGCGCAGCCCGCUGCCGGCCUCCGUCAAGCUCGCCGCCAACGCCGCGUACUAGCUAGGGAGGGGAGGAGUCCUCCGUUUUCUUCCCGGCCUGCUGCUAGCUAGUGCCUAGUGACAGUGUAAAUGGUUUCCUUGCCGCUUGCCGUCUGCUUCUCCUCCUCCUUGACGUUGGUAGUACUUGCUAUUAAUAAUAGUAAUAGGUUUCCCUUGUCCUUUGGCCCUGUGUAGCGAAUUAGCGAUUAUACGAGGGCAUCCUCUACAGUUUCGAGAUGCUUAGCAUGCAUAUGUUUGUGCUUCGCCCUCAUCACAAACACUGUGGUGUUUUCUCGUUUCAUAGGUCCUACACUCACUGCUAUUUAAUAAAUCACUUUUGCUACUA